AUGGCUUCGGAACUCGCUAAUAAUAGUCGCCGGAAAGAUCGGGGGGAUUUAGAUCUGAAUAGAUCCAACUCCACCGCCAACAUUUUCCUGGGCGGCGCGCGGAAAUCGUGGAUGUCGACCACCGCAGUUGCAAACCAACACAGCUCCCAAAAUCCACCAGUUUCGACGCCCGAGUCCAAUUCCAGACCGAUCUCAUCGUCCACUCCCUCAGCGUCAAACCCGGUGUCUGCUCCUUCUCCGCCUCCGCCUCCGCCUCCUGUUGCUCUUCAUCCCUCUCGUCCUGGCUCUCCCGCUGCUUCCUCGCCCGCUCCAGCGCAGCCUGUGGCCGCGGUCUUGUCGCCUUCACCGACGCGUCUGGCUGGCAUGCGAAAUUUUCCUUCUCAUCAACUCCAGAAUCUCGCGUCAUUCCGCGGAAAUCAGAGUCCUGAGACCUCAGCCGCCCCCGCCGCUGCCCGGAAUGUCCAAGUCCCGCGCCCCUCCAAUACACCUCCAUCAAUAACCCGCUCCCCCGCCUCUCAUGUUCAGCCUCUUCUUGGGCCCGUGGAGCCUCCAUUGCAACGGCAGCAGCCAAAACAGUGGCAGAAGAACAAGCAGCAACAGUUGCAGACUCACCUGCAGCAGGAGUCGGCUUCCUCCCUUCCCUCCCCCGACCCCACCAUUCAUCCCAGGUCGCAUGCCAGCCCGAUAACUGCCAUUGAGAGAAAUAAUGGACCGCCGCCCAUACUCGGUCCCUCUACAACUGCGUUCCCGUCGCCCCCCAGUCAACAAGCUCCUUCGGUUCAACGGCGAUCGUCGUCGAAUGCUCCCGUCGCCAGUACACCUCCCGCGUCGUCAUUGUCAAGCAAUCAAUCAAGCGUGCCAGCUCAAGGAGGAAGGACUCAUAUAGGUGUAUCCAGUUACCAUAUCCACCCCGAUCCGACUCCUGGUGCUCGUGUUCCAGCUGCUGCCCCUGCGCCGCAACCGCAACAGUAUAAUGCCGUGCUCCCAGCAACCUUCAACGGCUCUAGCUCGAUCAUUGAUCCGGGGUUUUUCAAGCGAGCGAAACGUAUUUUGGAAGUGCACGUAAGGAUAGCAUCGCAGGAAAAUAGGCUCUCGGAGCUAGUGGAAAUUCCACGAGCUCAUCUUCUAUUCAGUGCCUGUGAGCAGCAAGACAUCGUAUAUAUCGCCCUUCAUCAGAUUUACUGCCUGAGCAGCAUUGCUGCGCCCCACUUGCUUAACCUUCCUGGCUUCUCCCAUGAUAAUGAACGGGGAUUAGCUGUUGUCCGGAAUCUUCUGGUGGACAACAGCCGAGUCUCACCCGGGUUCUUGCAGUGGUUCGUCAAUUUCCCGCUCCCUCUGCCUGAACUACUUCAAGACCCAGUGUAUAUGUGGGCCGUUGAUAAAGUGCAGCGUAUCUUUGUUGGAUUUGCAAACGGCUGGGAUGCCCUAGAAGACAAAGUGAAAAAAACCCAACACCCACCACUUGUGGAGGAUAUGGUAAACUUACUCAAUGCGGAGUCAUCAGUGGUGCAGUACAACGUUUUUCUAUGUCUUUGUCGGCGGAUUCAUGGUGUUACGUUAGAAAACCCUCUGUACCAGAUCUUCAUGAAGGACUGUGACUACUACAGAGGCAGCGCUAUUUUGCAAAUCUCGCAUGAUCAGAGGCAUGAUCAGAGGCGCCGUGAAAACGAUCAGAUAGUGGAUAUGUACCGUGAGGCCAUCGAGGCUAUGCGAAGGAAUGCUCCUACAGGACCAUCUAGAGUCGCAGCUUCCGCUUCCAGUUUGCCAGCCUCAGAAUCCGUAUCUACACACAUGACCCAACGGACUGCGCAGAUUCCUUCUCAUAUGCAACCAAAUCCGGUAACGCAAACGAUGAACGGCACAGCUUCAUCGUCCGUCAGGCAUUCCCCCAGCGUGGCACAGCUUGGCCCUCAACAGCAGAAUUUUAGCCAACCCCCCAUACAACAAGGUGGCGUCGGGCCACAGAUAUUUCCAUCGCAGGUACUUCUAUCCCAGACGGCGGGCGUAGUUUCAUCACCAGUCAUGGCUACUGCACCACACAUGGCACAGCAUGCUCCACCUCCAUGGCCUGGAAGUUUCAUCCACUAUAGCCCCCAGCAACACCGGCAACCAGGACCGCAGAGCGUGAGGACCCUUCAACACCCACCCCAUCACCCGCAUAUGCCAGCAGGCUACAGAGUCCAGCACCCAAGCGUACAAUGUGUAACACCACAGCAACGGCCAACCGUUCAAAUGCCCGUUAUGUUACUGCCGCGGCCAAAUGUGCCUCCUGUGAUGAACACGCGACCAAAUCCUAAUCGACUUGCGAUUCACCAGGCCCAUCUUCGCGAUCCUGUGAAUCAAUUCAUUUCUGUCGAUGCCACAGGAGCAGAAAGCCCAACAGAGCUGUUACCACAUGUUACCUCCUUCCUGGUGAAUCCAAAGGUUCUCAGUAAAGAUGAUGCCUCCUGCAAAUGGGAGGUAUCGUUGUCGGCGGAAGAUUCCAACCGCCGGCCCGUUUUCGAGAAUCCGGGAACGGGGCACCGUAUUCUCCAAAAAUCGAAGGAGGGCACUCAGCUCUAUCGUCUAAGAUGCGUUAAGGUUCCUCGACCAACUGCGGAGUUGAGUGAGCACUCUUGGUGUGUUGCUGAGACUGCAUGGCCUACUGCAAUAUACUUGUUCGUGAACAACCAGGAGCAUUUGCCACGACGCAAAAUCCACAACACUAGGGAUCUCCCGUUGGACAUUACGCUAGCUCUCCGAGAAGGCGUGAAUAACAUCAACGUUCACUUCAUCCCAGGCCCAGCCGAGCAAAAGAAUUUUACCUAUGCUGUGGCUGUUGAAAUACUCACCUUCACGUCGCUCGGUAAUGCGAAGUCUCUCUCACAGCCUUUGCCCGCUGCUGAAUCACAAAAGCGUAUAUGUGGAAGACUUACGCGCAAUUCCGAGAAUGAGGAUGAUGAGCUGAGCAUCGUGAGCGACGAUCUCAAAGUUACCCUCGUUGAUCCAUUCACCGCACGCCUCUUUGAAGUACCCACACGUGGUUCUCAUUGUGAACACACGGAAUGCUUUGAUCAGGAGACGUUCCUGCAGACUCGCGUCCUCAAAUGCGGAUAUCGUUCCGUCAUAGAAGCAGACUGGAGGUGUCCCAUUUGCCGUCGGGAUGCUCGCCCGCAAAGCCUAAUUGUGGACGAAUUUUUGGCCAGUGUGCGCAAAGAGCUGGAACGCACCAACCGGUGUGACGGUGCCCGCAUUCUACAAAUCAAAGCUGAUGGGACCUGGGAGGUAAAAACGGACGAUGACCUCGCACCUUCCGAGAAACAGACACCUCAACUCUCUCGCACCGCAUCAAAGCGGAAAUCGAACACUUUAGAGGGCGGACUGCUCCAACGACCAAAGAUCGACCGCUCAUCAUCUACACCAGAGAGGAUACUGAAUGAAAACCAGCCUCCAACGGUCAUUAUCUUGGACUGA